AUGCUCGAGUUCGAUUCAGUAGGCAAUGGUGGUGUUAAGCUGAGCACUGCAGUCUCUUACACCACACUUCGGAGCCACAUCUAUCGGCCGUUCCUCCAAGCAUUCGCCGACGCCACCAAGAGGAUCCCACGAGCUCCUAAAGUGAAGCCGUUUGAUCUCUGCCUGAAGAGCAGUGCACUACGGUCCACCAGAGUGGGGUACGCCGUGCUGGUAAUAGAUCUCGUGCUGGCCGGGGCAAAAAAUUGGACCAUUUUUGGAGCCAACGCUAUGAUACAAGUCGGUCGGGACACAACAUGCUUGGCUUUUGUCGAUGGCGGGCCGAAGGCCGAGCAGGCGGUGGUGAUCGGUGGAUUCCACUUGGAGAAUAAUUUUUUACUGUUUGAUUUGGGGAGGCCAGGCUGGGGAUCAGUUCUAGUUUGUUCUUCAUCAUCCAUGGAUGGUUUGUAG